AUGCAGGUGGCUUCGACGUUCUUUAACAAGCCUGCGUCCUCCUUCCAUUCCGCAAAGGCCAAGAAACCAAAAAAGUAUGUCCUCCAAUCGGCCGAGUUCUAUGGCGCCGACUUCUCGCUGCCCCCCGAAAACCCUGAACUCGAGAACCUUCACCGCCCACCCCCGGACUCGCAGACCACCUCCGAGCUCGAUCGCAUUCGGGCUGAGCAGGGCUCGGUCUUCAUCUCGGCGCUCAACAGCAUCAUCUUCAAUCGCUCGGAGAGAGCAUCGGUCCCAAGCACAGACUCACCCGACCCUGCUGCCGGCUCGCCAUCAUCGCCCCAGCAGCCCGAGUCCUCCCAGUUUGUCCCCAAACCUCUCGCUUCGGUCCUGAACCCUGCGCAACAGCAGCCCGUCGACUAUUCGGAGCUCUUUCCUCCCUUCAUCGCAAAGACCGAGGGCGUCAGCAUCUUUCGCAUCGAGAGCCUCAAACCAGCGCUGCAGAGCGACUCGACUUUUGGCAAGUUCUGCACCGCCGACUGCUACAUCAUCCUGAAUGCCACCCGACAGGAUGGCGCCGAUGCCGACGUCGACAUGGAUGACCACGACUACGACUACAAGAUCUUCUCGUGGAUCGGCAACCAGGCCGAGCUCGACAAGCGGUUUUGCGCAGCCAUGUUUGCUGUUGGCUUGCGAAACUGGAUUGGAACAUCCGAGACGGUCGAGCGAGAGACGGAUUCGGACGAAUCCGAGUCGUUCUUGGACCUUUUUGGUGAUAACUUUGAGAUCCUCGACGCCUCCUACGCGACCGACAGCGGGUUGUAUGUCACCGAGAAGAGGCGCUAUCCCACCAGGCUCUAUCGGGUGCAGGGCAAGGCCCAGGUUGUCCUUCAACUGGUCGAGCCGUCGAGUCGGUCUCUGCGUUCUGACGGGGUUUUCCUGCUCGAUGUGGGAUACGCCCUCUACCAGUGGAAUGGCUCCAAGUCGAGUCUGCAGCACAAGUCAAAGUGCCGCAUCAUGGUUGAUCGCAUUAGCAAGUCCGAGCGUGCCGGAAAGAACCUAAUGUCAUUGUAUCUUCACUCUGUACAUUCAGAUGAGUCAGACGAACCCAGUCGCUUUUGGAGCAUCCUCGGCGGCGAGAGGACACAGGACGAGGACCAAGACGUCGACGAGGAGCACGCCGAAUUUGUGACGCUUUAUCAAAGCAGUGAUAUUUCUCCGGCGCUCUAUCGCGCGACCGAGGAGCUUGCUGAUGAAGUGGAAGGCCACACCGUCACAGCCGGCAAGAUGAAGAGAGCCAUGCUCGAGUCUGAAGGCUGCUACAUACUUGACACUGGCGUCGAAUUGAACCUGUGGAUAGGCAAGCUGGCGACGCUCGCUCUAAAGAGCUCGGCGACAGAGCUCCUGACGAGAAUCGUCCCGGUCCGCAAGAGGCCCAAGUGGGUCGCUCUCAACAAGCACUGGGAGGGGCAUGAGACCGAAGUUUUCAAGCUCUGGUUCGUUGACUGGGACGACAAGCUCGACAUCAACUGGGAGGAUGUCAAGCAAGGUAAAGAGCCUCCGUCGCCGAUCUCGACUCACCGAAAUAGAUCUAGGCAUUUCCGGGGCUAA